AUGGCCAAGAGAAAAAUUGAUUCUGAAAACCGAGGCUUUCAAAGCCGGUGGGAGAAUGAGUAUAUGUUUACUGAAAUUGCAGGUAAACCAGUGUGUCUCCUUUGCGGGAGUAAUAUCGCUGUAAUGAAGGAGUAUAACCUAAGACGGCACUACGAGACGAAACAUGAGAACAAAUUCAAAAACCUGAGCGCAGGACAGAAGCUACAAAAGGUAGAGGAGUUGAAGAAGAAUUUGACAUCCCAGCAGACGUUUUUCACCAAAGCAAAAUCACAAAGUGAAGCUGCUGUGAAAGCAAGUUUCAUUGUGGCCGAAGAGAUCGCCAAAUCAGGACGGCCGUUUACCGAGGGGGAAUUCGUAAAGAAUUGUAUGAUGAAAGUGUGCGACGUCCUUUGUCCAGAUAAAACGCGAGCGUUUGCAAAUGUAAGCCUCAGCAGAAACACUGUUGCUAAUCGGGUUUGUGAGAUGGCGACUGAUUUGAAAACACAGUUGAUUGAAAGAGCAAAAGAUUUUGUUGCAUACUCCCUUGCCGUGGAUGAAACUACUGACGCGACUGACACUGCACAGCUGGCGAUAUUUAUCCGUGGUGUGGAUUCCAAUUUGUGCGUAACAGAGGAAAUACUGGACAUUAAAUCGAUGCACGGGACAACGAAAGGAGAAGACAUCUUUGGAAAUGUAUUUCAAAGUGUAACCGACAUGAAACUGCCGUGGGAAAAACUCGUUGGACUUACAACAGAUGGCGCACCUGCUGUUCUUCUAGGCCUUUAAGGAAUUGUGGGAAGGAUGCGCUCAAAGAUGCGGGAGGAGAACUGUGCCGGUGAGUUGACAGUGUAUCACUGCAUCAUACACCAGGAAUCGCUGAGUGCUAAAGUCCUAAAAAUGGAUCAUGUGAUGAACACUGUAACACAAACCGUCAACUUUAUCAGAGCCCACGGUUUAAAUCACCGCCAAUUCCAGUCUUUUCUGCGGGAAAUAGAUAGCGAGUUUGGCGAUAUGCCAUAUCAUACGGAGGUCCGGUGGCUAAGUCGGGGAAAAGUUCUCAAAAGACACUUUGAGCUGCGAGAGGAAAUCUGCCAGUUCAUGGACAGUAAGGGGAAAGACUGCACAGUUCUGCGGGAUGAAAAGUGGAAAUGUGAGUUGGCGUUCCUGGCUGACAUAACGUCGCAUCUUAGCGCUUUAAACCUUCAACUCCAGGGACGGGAGCACAUAAUAACCGAUAUGCAUGAUGCAGUGAAGGCAUUUCAAGUGAAGCUGCGCUUAUGGGAGACACAAAUGCACCAAUGCAACUUGUCUCACUUUCCCUGUUGCCAAGUAAUACGGAACCAAGAAAGUGCCACACUGCUUCGCAACCCAUUUGCAGUCGAUGUGGAAACCGCACCUGUAGAAAUGCAGAUGGAGCUGAUAGAACUGCAAUGUAACGGGACACUGAAGGCAAAGUACGACACUGCGGGGCCAGCACAGUUCACUCGCUUCAUUCCUGAAGCGAUGCCGCAGCUCCGCCAACAUGCGGCUCGAAUCCUGUCCAUGUUUGGCAGCACAUAUCUGUGCGAGCAGCUGUUCUCUGUGAUGAAAAUUAACAAAACGUCACACAGGAGUCGCCUCACUGAUGAACACCUGCAAUCGAUCCUGAGAAUCUUCACAACACAGAACCUAACCCCAAACAUAAACGAACUUGUUGCAAAGAAAAGACUCCAA